AUGAGCCCAGCAUCAGCAGCUGUCCUGUGGGUGUGGAUUCUCCAGCUGGGGGCUGCAGGAGGGCAGAGGAGAUGUGAGAGGCAAAGGACUGCUGAGUGGAGGCUGCAACCCAGAGCUGAGGUCAUCACCUGGAGCCCAGGGGAGAACAUCUGCUCUGACUUCUACACAGAAUGCUGGAGUAUGGACCCAAGUGCUGCUGGGGGAAGCUCAGCAAGCCUCAGUGUCCCCCAGCUGUGCCCCUUGCAGCUGCAGCUGGGGGACAGCCUCUUCAUCUCCCCGGAGCCGUCCUGCCUGUCCCAGGGCUUCAGCUUGAUCAACGUCUCCAGGGAGGAGUUCCUGCACUGCCCCACAGCUGACCUUCAGCAGCAGCUGGUGUUUGCCUGCCAGGCCAGAGGGCUGCAGCAGGUGGCCCCAAAGUGGCUGGGUGUUGGCAGCCAUUACUUUGCAGAGCUGCAAGGCAGAGCUCCCUGGCACUGCUCCGGGGGGCUCCGGCUGAAUGUGACGGUGAAGCAGCAGCUCUGCCAACCCUCCCCAGCUGAACCCUUCUGCUCUGGCCAUGGCAGAUGUCUGAGCCACCUCUGGGACCCAGACUAUCGCUGCCACUGCUCCUCACACUACUCUGGCAGGUUCUGCCAGAGCUUUGAUGUCUGUUCCACCAAGCCCUGCCGCAACAAUGGCUCCUGCACGGGGAGCUCAGAGAUUCCCGGGGGUGCCUACCAGUGCAGAUGUCCUCCACAGUUCUCAGGCCAAAACUGCACAGAAGUAGUUGGGCAGUGCCAGCCCCAGGUGUGCCUCAAGGGUAACUGCACCAACAUCACCCCAAACACCUUCCUCUGUCAGUGUGAAAAGGGCUUUGCAGGUGCAUUCUGUGAGGAGCCUGCUGACCCCUGUGCCUCUCAGCCCUGCCCCAAGGGCAGCACCUGCCAGUCCCACCACUCCAGCUAUGUUUGUGCUUGCCCUGCUGGCUUUCUAGGUGACCACUGUGAAACUGCCAUCAGUGGAUGCUCCUCAAGGCCAUGUCAGAACAGGGGAACCUGCAUUGACCUGCCUGAUGACGUGGCUUGUGUCUGUCUGCCCACAUCUACUGGCAAGUUCUGUGAGACAGCCCUGAGCCCCUGUGAGGGGUCACCCUGCUUGAAUAAUGCAACCUGUGUGGUUCAGCAGCACAGCUAUAGCUGCAGCUGCUCGCCAGGCUUCACCGGGAGGCACUGCGAGGAACCCAUCGACUACUGCCGGCUGCUCAGCGUCACCUGCCGCCACCAAGGAGUCUGCCUCAAUGCCCCUGGGGGCUUCACGUGCCUCUGUGCAGCAGGCUGGACAGAGGAGUUGUGUCAGCUGUCUGCCAACGCCUGCCUGACCCACCCAGAGGCCUGUGCUGCUGGAGCCACAUGCAUUGACCUCAGCCAGCUGGGAGAGCGACCUCUGCCGAGGUGCCUCUGUCCUCACAACGCCACAGGAGAAUCCUGUGAGGUGCAGCCUGGCACCUGUGGCUCCAGCUCAUGUGCAAAUGGAGGGACCUGUGUUGAGUAUGAAGAUCACUUCAAGUGCAUUUGCCCUCCAGGUUUUGGAGGGGAGAGAUGUCAGCUGGCUCUCCACACCUGCCUGCUCUACAACACCAGCUGUGCCCCAGGAGCAGCCUGUGGGGAUCAGCCUCAGGGACUGCACCACUCCUGUGUUUCUCCAUGCCCUGCAGACUCAGAGGUGUGUGCAAAUGGAGGGAGCUGCUUCUAUGAGGAAGAGAAGCAGAGAGCUCACUGUGUCUGUGCUCCUGGCUGGACAGGACAAAGGUGCCUGGAGGACAUCAAUGACUGUGAGGAGAACCAGUGCCAGCAUGGAGCCACCUGUGAGGAUGAGACCAACAAAUACAGGUGCAUCUGUCCUCCUGGUUACACUGGCAGCUUGUGCCAGCUGGCUGUAGGCAGCUGCCUUGGGAACCAGUGCUCUGAGCAUGGUGUGUGCCAGGAACACCUGGACAGCUACAGCUGCAGCUGUGCCCCUGGCUACGAAGGAGCCUUCUGUGAAGCUGAAACAGAUGAGUGCUCAAGUUCCCCUUGCAGGAAUGGAGCUACCUGUGUGGAUCUUGUUGGCCACUUCUCAUGUCACUGUGCUGCUGGCUUCAAAGGAGAGACCUGUUCUCUACACGUGGCUGAGUGCCUGGACAGGCCCUGCUGGAAUGGGGGAGUCUGUGAGGAAGACCUCAAUGGCUUCAUGUGCAACUGCUCCUUUGGUUUCUCAGGCCAGUUCUGUGAGCUAGAGGGGAGUGGCUGUGCCUCAGCUCCCUGCUGGAAUGGUGCUGCCUGCCUGAGUGCUGGCCACAGCUAUCAUUGCUUCUGCCCCCAAGGGUUUGAAGGUCUGGACUGUGAAAUCAAGGUGGCUGAGUGCACUUCUGGCCUCUGCCAGAGCAACUCCACUUGCCUGGACCUGGUGGCAGACUACAGCUGUGUUUGUCCUCCAGGCUUCACUGAUAAAAACUGCUCCACUGAUCUGCAGCAAUGCUCCUUCCAGCCCUGCAAAAAUGGAGGCCACUGCCAGCAGCUGAAUGGUGAACCCUACUGCAGCUGUUUGCCAGGUUUCACUGGCCAGUUUUGUGAAGCAGCUGCUGCUGCCUGCCUCUCUCAGCCCUGUGGAGCCUCCAGCAUCUGCAGAGACACUGUGGGUGGCUAUGCCUGUUUCUGUGCACCUGGUUACAUAGGCAAUAACUGUGAGACUGAGGUGGAUGAAUGUCUCAGUGACCCUUGUCACCAUGGAGCUACUUGUGUGAAUCACCUGAAUGCCUUCAGCUGUCUCUGCCAGGAUGGAUUUCAAGGCCCAAGGUGUGAAGCAGACAUCAAUGAGUGUCUCUCCUCCCCAUGCCUCCACAACUCCUCCUGUGCAGACCUCCGUGGUGGCUUCCAGUGCCUCUGCCUGCCUGGCUUCACUGGGGCGCGAUGUGAAACAGACAUAGAUGAGUGUGCUUCCUUUCCCUGCAAGAAUGGAGCCAGCUGCAUUGACCACCCUGGCAGCUACUUCUGCCAGUGCCUGGCUCCCUUCAAAGGUGCGCAGUGUGAGUUCAGGGCGUGUGAGGACAGCAACCCCUGUGAGAACGGUGCCCUGUGCCUGGAGGAAGCCAACCUGGAGGCCUUCCCCCUGGGCUUCCAGUGCCACUGUGCCAGGGGCUUCUCAGGGCCUCGCUGCGAGAUCAACAUCAACGAGUGCAGCUCCCAGCCCUGCCUGCAUGGCUACUGCUAUGACAUUGUGGACGGCUUCUACUGCUUGUGCAACCCAGGCUAUGCAGGCAUGACCUGCGAGCAGGACAUCGAUGACUGCAUCGGCAACGCCUGCCGGCACCCGGCCACCUGUGUCGACCUCCACCUGAGCUACCGCUGCCUGUGCCCCCCGGGGUGGGAAGGGAGGUUCUGUGAGCAGGAAGCCGACCAGUGCCGCUCCCAGCCCUGCAGGAACAACGGCAGCUGCACACGCCUGGGCAGCACCUACCGCUGCUCUUGUGCCCCAGGCUGGACAGGACCUGACUGCAGUGAAGAUGUCAACGAGUGUGACUCUGAGCCAUGCCUGAAUGGAGCCACCUGCCAUCAGUCUGCCAGGCAGGGGCACUUUAUCUGCCUCUGUCCCCCCUUCUACACUGGAGCCUUCUGCCAGCUGCGCUUCAGCCCCUGCCAGCUGCCUCACAACCCCUGCAGGAAUAACUCCACCUGCCUGGCACAGGCUGAUGGCAGCCCCAUGUGCAUCUGCAAAACAGGGUUUGAGGGGACUCACUGUGAAGUCAACAGUGAUGAGUGCCUCUCCCACCCAUGCCAGAAUGAAGGUCUCUGUGUGGAUGGGGUCAACCAUUUCAGGUGCAGCUGCCAGCAUGGCUUCACUGGCACUCUGUGUGAGGUGGAGAUCAAUGAAUGCCUGUCCAGGCCCUGCAGGAACAAUGGGACCUGCCUGGAUCUCAGGAACAGGUUCCUCUGUAGCUGUGCCCCUGGCUACUAUGGUACCCUGUGUGAAAUGGAUGUUAACGAGUGUGAGGCUCUGCCCUGCCUGCAUGGAGGCAGCUGCAUCAACAGGCUGGGGGGCUAUGGGUGUCUGUGCCCCCCUGGAUUCACAGGUGUGAGGUGUGAAGCUGACAUAGAUGAAUGCCUGUCAGGCCCUUGCCUCCAUGGAGGGAGCUGCAUCGAUGCCAUUGGUGCCUACAAGUGCCACUGCAGGAGAGGCUUUGCUGGAGCACACUGUGAGACAGACAUCAAUGACUGCUGGCCAGAUCCCUGUCUUCAUGGAAGCUGUACAGAUCUGGUUGAUGGAUAUCUCUGCUCCUGUGAACCAGGAUGGACCAGCUCCAGAUGUGAGACCAACAUUAAUGAGUGUGAAUCUGCUCCCUGCAUCAAUGGAGGCUCUUGCCAGGAUGGCCUCAACUCCUUCCUCUGCACAUGCCCACGGGGCUUCUCUGGGAGGCUGUGUGAGGUGGAUGUGGACGUCUGCAGCCAGAGCUUGGGCACAGCUCUCUGCUCCAACGGAGGGGUUUGUGUGGAUGGACCUGGAACAGCUUUCCACUGCAGGUGCCUUGCUGGGUUUUCUGGGCAGCUGUGUGAGCUGGAGGUGAAUGAGUGCAGCUCAGCACCCUGUCUGCAUGGCUCCACCUGUGAAGACCUUGUCAAUGGCUACUCUUGUCACUGCCAGCCAGGCUGGGAAGGCCUGCACUGUGAGCUGGAUGUUGACGAGUGCCUCUCCAACCCUUGCAUCCAUGGCAUCUGUGUUCAGCAGCACCCCACCUUUGGUUAUUCCUGCUUUUGCAAGCCAGGAUUUGUGGGCAGAAGCUGUGAGCUGAACUACGACGACUGCCUCCUGCACUCCUGCUCCCCCGCCUUCCUUUGUGUGGAUGGCAUCAACAACAUCAGCUGCCUGCCCCCCCGCCACCACAGCAGCCCACCUGCCCCUGAAGUGCCUCCUGCUGAGGUUUUGGACCAGAACCUUCCCCCAGCCCUGCCUGUGUUUGUGGAUCCUUGGGCCAAAGAGGUUUCUCCUGGAGCUCCUGCAGGAAGGGUGGCCCAAGACUUCAGUGAUGCUCACUACCAGGGGGACUCCUACCUGCAAUUCCAGGGCUGGCAUCUGAGCAUGGAAAACUUCAUCCACUUGCAGUUCAUCACCUCCAGCCCUCAUGGACUCCUGUUGUAUGUUGCCCAGAGCUCAGGCAGGAGAGGACACUUUUUCCUUCAGCUAUUCAUCCAACAUGGCACCCUGCAGUUGGAGUUUGCCUGUGAUGAAGCAGCAGAGGUCAACAGCAUCACUGCAGCUGCUGGGGUGGAUGAUGGACGCUGGUACGAGGUGCAGAUCAGGCAAAGCCUGGCACCCUGUGAGGCACAGAUGUCAGUCCUGAGGCUGCCAGGAGAAAGAAGAAGCUCUCAGCAUGCUCAGGGCACUCCUUCCAAGCUGGGCACAGGACCUGUGUUUGUUGGUGGACUGCCUGGUGGUGAUGCAGUGCAGCAGAGGCCUGGCCCUGGCUCCAAUUUCACUGGCUGCAUACAGCUGGCACAAGUCAACACCCUGGGACCUUUCAACCUCUCCAGUGCUGUGGGAAGGAGCAAUGUUGACAAGUGCAGGACUCCUGUCCCCAGCCCCGAGCCAGCAGCACUCCCUGUGCUUUCUCCUGCCAUGCCCGGGUUGCCCGAGCCUGCUGUGCCCUCUGAGAUGCCCUCCCUGCUGCCACCUGUGUGCCAGGAGGGGCUGUGCCACAAUGGAGGCACCUGCCAGCCGCUCUCUCUGCCCUCAGGGGCCAGCUCCUUCGAGUGCCACUGCCCCCUGCACUUCACUGGCCGCUUCUGCCACAAAGACAUAGCACUUUUUUUUCCAUCCUUCACUGGAAAUUCUUACCUGGAGCUACCUUCCCUGACCCCUGGAUCUGGGAGCAGGGCUGCCCCUGGGCAGGAGCCCACCAGUGUGACAACUCUGCACCUGACAGUGAAGACAACAGCUCCACGUGGCACCAUUCUCUACACUGGAGACAGGAGUUUUGGAGAGCAGUUCCUGCACUUGUACCUGGUGGAGGGCAGGCCAACAGCUCGGCUCGGCUGUGGGACCCCUCAGAACAUCCUGACUGUGUCCCUCAGUCAGGCCAUCAGCAAGGGCAGCCUCACCCCCAUCACUCUCAGCUACACCUUGCCUGGGAGCAGACCUGAAAGCUCCUGCAUGAUCGAAAUGGCUGCAGCUGGGAGCCCUCCUGUGCAGCACAAACUGUCCCUGCCUUACCCAGCACCUCAGAUCACCUUUGGAUCCAUCUUCCUCGGUGGCCUCCCUGCUCCCCAGGGGCUUCCUGGAUGUGCAAGGGAGAUCCAUGGCUUUAAGGGCUGCAUCAGGGAUUUCCAAGUGAACCAGAAGGAGCUAUUCCUGAUAGAGGAGGCUGUGGGAGGCAGGAAUGUGGAGAACUGCAACGUGGCAGUCUGUGCCCAUGAGCCCUGCCGGAACGGCGGCACCUGCACCAGCAAUGCAGAAAAUUGGUUCUGUGAGUGCCCCAAGCUCUACUCUGGAAAGCUCUGCCAGUUUGCCACCUGUGCUGGAAACCCCUGUGGGAAUGGUGCCACCUGUGUGCCAAAGUCCAGCAGAGAUGCUGUCUGCCUGUGUCCGUAUGGAAGAGCUGGCAUCCUCUGCACUGAUGUGGUCUCCAUCAGCCAGCCAAGCUUCAGUGGCACUGAUGCCUUUGGCUACACCUCCUUCCUGGCCUACUCCACCAUCCCAAACAUCUCCUUGUCCCACGAGUUCCACCUCAAGUUCCACCUGGCCAACCACCACUCAGCUCUGGAGGACAACCUGAUCUUCUUCACUGGGCAGAAGGGUCAAGGUCUGAAUGGAGAUGAUUUCUUGGAGCUGGGGCUGCGGAAGGGCAGAGUGGUGUACAGCUACAACCUGGGUUCUGGCACAGCCACCAUCACCAGUGAGCCUCUGGAUCUGACACUGGACCUUCACGUGGUCCAUCUGGGCAGGCACCUCCAAGAGGGUUGGCUGAAGGUGGAUGAGCAGAAGAAUAGAACCAUCACUUCUCCUGGGAGGCUGGUUGGGCUCAACGUCUUCAGCCAGUUUUACCUGGGAGGCUAUGGGGAGUACACUCCAGAGCUCCUGCCAAAGGGCUCCAGGUUCCAGAACAGCUUCCAAGGCUGCAUUUUUGACCUGCAGGUCCGCAGCAGCAAGGAGCAGGAGUUCAGCUGGCCAGGGGCUCCAGCAGGUCAGCCCAGCACUGGGCGCAGUGUGGGGCAGUGCAGGCGCUCCCCAUGCAGCCUGAUCAGAUGCAGCAACGGCAGCAAGUGCAGAGAGAGAGGAGCCUCUGCCUACUGUGACUGCCUCCCUGGCUGGAAAGGAGCCUUCUGCACAGAGGCAGUGUCUGUGUGUGACCCUGAGCAUCACCCCCCCCACCUCUGUCAGCAGGGGGGCACCUGUGUGCCACUGCCCAGCGGCUACACCUGCCACUGCCCUCUGGGCACAGCUGGGGACUACUGUGAGCAAGCUGUUUCCAUCAGUGAUGCAUCCUUCAGAAGCAACCACUCCUCCUGGAUGUCCUUUGCACCCUUCUACAUCCGCCACAGCACCCACAUCCAACUCCAGUUUCAGCCCCUGGCUACGGAUGGGAUCCUGUUCUAUACAGCACAUCACCUGGGCUCUCGGGCAGGAGACUUUCUGUGCAUCUCUCUGCUGAAGGGCUUCGUGCAGCUGCGCUACAACCUAGGGGACAGGACCAUCACACUGCAGAGCCUCCAGCAGGUGUCCACAGCCGGGCACAGGUGGCACCUGCUACAGGCAGGCAGGGUCGGCAAUGAGGGCUACCUGCAGCUGGACGGCAUCAACAUCAGCCAGGCGGCACGGCCUGGGAGGAGGGCACUGGACGUACGGACGGACUUCUUUGUGGGGGGGGUGUCCUCCCCACACCUCCUUCACCCCCUGGCGGCAGGAGGGAACCCCUCGGGCUUCAGCGGCUGCCUCAGGGAGGCUGCGGUCAACGGCAGGGAGCUGCGGCUGACGGCCAGCGGUGCUAGUGGCGGGGCCAACGUGGGUGACUGCGACGGCACCGCCUGUGGCUACGGCAUCUGCAGGAACCAGGGCCGCUGCCUGCCGCGGUCCUCCGGCUUCUCCUGCGCUUGCUCCCGGGGCUGGGGGGGCAGCACCUGCCAGCAGCACGUCCUCUGCGCACAUGGCAAGUGCGGGCCACAGGCUCUCUGCCUUCCUCAGCCCGCCUCCUCCUCCUACGUCUGCCUCUGCUCCCUGGGCUGGGCAGGGAGGUUCUGCCGCAGCAGAGUCUCCUUCUUCAUCGCAGAGUUUGUCGGCAGCUCCUACAUCAAGUACAGAGACCCUCUCUACCCCCGCAGGGACCUGCAGCAGAGCCGUAUCUCCCUCAACUUCAGCACCAGCCACGCUGAGGGUCUGCUGGCCUGGAUGGGAGAAGGGCAGGAUGAGGACGAUGACUUUCUGGCCGUCGGCCUGGCCAAGGGAAGGCUGAAAGUGGUGGUCAACCUCGGGGAGAGGAUCUCCGUCCCUCUCGACGACAGGCAGCAGCCCACCUGCAGCGACCGAAAGUGGCACUUGGUCACCAUCCUGCAAAACCAAACCUGCAUCAAGGUGUACCUGGACGAGAAGCUGGUGGUCUUUGAAGACAUAGACCCCCACAGGACGUACACCGCGCUCAACUACGGCGGCAUCUGCUACCUGGGGGGCUUCGAGCUGGGCAGGAACGUCAGCGAGGUCACCAGAGGGCUCUUCCAGAAGGGCUUCGUUGGCAAGGUCAAAGACGUGGUGCUCUUCCAGGACUCCAGGAAGAUCCAGCUGAUGAGAGCAGAAGGGUUCAAUGUUCACAGUGGGAACCAGGGAAAUGAAUGGGGAAGUGGUAAAGAGCCUUUAGAAGAGGUAAAGUUCAUAGAUCCAUAA